AUGUCUGGCAAGCAAGCGACCGUUGAGGUCAGCGCCGGUGUUGAGUCGUCCAGCGCCUCGUCGGAUAGCAUCAAGGCAUCCCGCUUUGACUCAGCUUCAGUCUUCGACACACCAGUGAGAAAGCCUCUUAGGAUUAAUCCUUUCAGUGCUGCCAUCAACAUCAUCAUCGCCUUUGGGCUCAUUGCUGCUCUCAUCACUGGUUAUAUCAUCGGUCUCCGAGUCUUAGAUCUCGGCAUCACCUCAGUGGGCCUUUAUGGAACGGUCCUCAUCACCGAAUACCUCAUUCAGCUCACCUGCGCCAUCUUCAACCGCUUUGAUAUAGACCGUAUCGUCAAGAAUGUCAGGAAGAAGACAGCCAACGCACAGGCGGCCGGCGACUGCGAAAAGUCUGCCUCCAACCCAUCGGCUGAUAACCUCCUCAACCCUGAUGGUGAUGUCUCCAUGGCCGUUGUCGGCUACCGUGAGGAUGAACAGGCAUGGAGACAAUGUCUUCGCAGUCUGCAGACACAAACACUUGCCCCCAAGUGCGUCGUGGGUGUUGUUGACGGUAACGACGAGCCAGAUCUGAGUAUGGCACAGGCUUUUGUCGAUGAAUUCCAGGACCAGAAGGCAACUCUUAUCCACUUGCCCAUUUUACUCUCAGAGUUACACCGAAGGACAUACUUCGACCACGUCCCUGCCGACACUCGAUUCUUCCUGGUCAAGUUCUGGCACUACCUUGUUGGCCGUUAUCGUCCUGGCCACGAAGCUGCCCUGGCCACUGCUAGAGAGGUAGUCGUCCAGCAGGUGCUCGAGUGGGAGGAGAAGUGGAACAUCAGCAGCCUCAAGGCUGUCUGCUUUGCCCAACCCCAUGGUCACAAACGUACCGCCAUGUUCACGGCCUUUGCUAUGAGUCUAUAUGCCUUCCGCACCCGGGACGCUAUAUUCACCACCGACUCCGACACCCUUGUUCAAAGCAACGGCCUGGAUGAGAUGCUGACCCUCCUCCGCUCCUCACCCCAGAUCGGCGGUGUUACAGCAGACGUUAAGAUCUGGAACCGCGCUGAGUCCCUGCUCGCCCGCAUGUGCGCUGCUCGUUACUGGUUUGCUUUCAACAUCGAGCGCGCUUGUCAGUCACUGUGGCGCUGCGUCGGUUGUCUCUCGGGUCCCAUGAGUAUGUACCGCGCUUCUGACCUCGAGACCAUCCUCGGCCCAUGGAACUUGCAGACGUUUGGAGGCAAAGAGACCACCUUUGGAGAUGACCGACACCUGACCAACCAACUGCUUGCUCAUGGUCUCAGGACACGCUACACGCACCGAACCUGGUGUGAUAGCGAGUCUCCUACUUCCUUUGUGCGAUGGGUUGCUCAGCAGACUCGAUGGAGCAAGUCCUUCUUCCGAGAGUCCUUUUGGUUCCCCGCCAGUUUUGCCUACCAAUCUCCUUGGAUGCUUGUCGAGAUGACAGUUCAGGCCUUGUAUCCGUUCAUCCUGAUCGCCACUGUCCUCCACUUCCUCUUCGACACUUCCGACUCCAGCCCAUGGCGACCUAUCAUCUGGCUGGUCACCAUGUUUGGUGUUGCCCUCUUUAAGUCCGUUCUGGCCGUACUCAUUAGCAAAGAUCCUUGGCUGCUCCUCUUCAGUGCCUAUGGCUUCAUCUACUUCUUCGGUUUGUUGCCGUCCAAAAUUUAUGCUCUCAUCACUAUGAACCAGACCGGCUGGGGAACAUCAGCUCGCUCUUCGUCUGAGCGCAAGCGCGGACAGUCCUUCUUACAAAGAUCAUUCCAUAUCUGUCAUCUGGUUAUCUGGUACACAGCCGUCUUUGUUGGUAUUGGCUUCUUCGUCUGGAGAGUCUUUGGUAACCCCCUCUAUAUCCUGAUCGGUGCCGUCGCCUUGAUUCCAUCAGCUUUCCUCUACUGGCAAGGCUCCUUUUCACUGGGUGGGUUAUUCCGACGGAACAAGGUUGCUUCUGAGACCAGCACUCCCAUUCAGGUAGAUGACGAGUCGAUGCUUCCUCAAAAGCCUGAGAAAGCUUUAUCUAUCUCGUCAAAGAGGAGCUCCAACACACUUGUCAAGAAGACAACUAUUGUGUCUGUCAAGGACGUGACCGAUGAAGUUGAAAAGCCGGUAAAUUCUGCCAGUGCCGCUUAA